CCUCAGGCCGUGCGGGGCCUGGUAUGGCGGCGGCGGGGCCGGCACUGGCUCGGGCCCUGCUGCAGCAGUGCGUGUCCGCCCGGCUGCAGGUGAAGCCGCCCGAGCGCGGCGCGGAGGCCGAGUGGGUGGAGAUCCAGAGAGGGCUUGUUAUCUACAUAUGCUUCUUCAAAGGUGCUGAUGAGGAUCUCAUUCCAAAAAUUGUCAAUAUGCUGUUGAAUGUUAAACUAAGUGAAAAUGAAAGCGGCGAGUACGUUUCUGUUCUUGAUUUACCAGGCGAUGUGCUAAUCAUACCACAAGCUACCCUAGGCGGUAAACUGAAGGGAAGAAAGAUGCAGUACCAUGCAAACAUUGAAAAAGAAAAAGGGCUGGAACUUUAUUCUCAGUUUGUGACUUUGUGUGAAAAAGAACUUGCUGCCAACACCAAAUGCAUGGAAGCAGGUGCUCUUGUCAAGCACGGCACAUACGGAAACAGGCAGGUGUUAAAACUGGAUACAAAUGGACCUUACACUCAUCUGAUUGAAUUUUGAACAAAAUAAAUGAUGUCCUGGAUACAAGCUUGCAACUGUUGUCCUUUUCUUCAUUUCUAAGAAUUAAUGUACUUAAAUGGUUUGAGAGGGACAGCAUAAGAAAGACUUUCAUUCAUCCGUACUGGUGUUGCCAAUCCCAUUAAAUAGAAGGAUGCCUGAGACUGCUUUGCAAUAAUGAGCAUGUGUUUUAUGUUCAUACUCAUCUCAAGUGUGCUCAGAAUAGUUGUUAAAAUUCAUCCAAUGAAGAUGUAUAAUUUGGAAGGCUUUAUUAAUAAAAAUGGGGUAAUACAUAUGUUUCUUACUAAAAAAUAAUGACAAAAAUAUUACAUGUAUUAGCUAUUGUAAAAUACGCUUAGGAAGUAAAGUUUAUAAAUUAAAAAAAAAAAAACAUGCUGUAGAUGUACUUAUUU